AUGGAAGGGGGCCCUGAAAUGGUCAUCACCUUCGACAAGGUUUAUGUAAACAUUGGGGGGGACUUUGACCCAAAGGCUGGCAUUUUCCGAUGCCGCAUUCCUGGGGCUUACUACUUCUCCUUCACUGUUGGGAAGUUCCCCAAGAAGAACCUGUCAGUAAUGUUGAUGAAGAACAAGAAUGAGGUCCAGGUUAUUGCUUAUGAUGAACAUCACCACAAAGAGCGCAAAGUUGCCAGUCAAAGUGCAAUGUUACAGUUGGAUUAUGGAGACACGGUUUGGCUUCGGCUGCAUGGAGAUCCAAAAUAUGCCCUUUACAGCAAUGUCGGGCCUUAUACAACCUUCAACGGCUAUUUAAUCUACCCAGAUACAUCUUAUUAUUUCCAGAGCGACCAACCUACAGUAAACAGAGAUCCUCGGUCGGCCUUUUCAGUUGCCCGUACCAAAAGCCUCAUUGGAUCUGAUGAAGAAAAGACACAGCAUCUGCCAAUCACUUUUGACACAGAGUUUGUCAACAUUGGAAGUGAUUUCAAUUUGUCUUCUGGGGAAUUUUGGUGCCGUGUGGCGGGGGCCUAUUAUUUCUCUUUCACCAUAGGAAAAAUGCCCUACAAAACCAUGUCCGUCAAGUUGAUGAAAAACCAGAAUGAGGUUCAGGCAAUGAUUUAUGAUGACAGUCACUCAAAAAAGCGAGAGAUGCAAAGCCAAAGCAUCAUGUUGUCUCUACAGUCUGGAGACACAGUGUGGCUUUACAGCCACAGGCAUGAAGGGUAUGGCGCCUACAGCAACCAUGGAAAGUACAUUACAUUCACUGGUUUUCUGGUUUACCCAGAAUUAGCUCCCAAACAGCCAACGCCUGAAACAAGGCAAAAGUCAGAAAUUGUUCUUACUGAAAUUUAA